UUUUUUUCUUUUUCAGCAUGGCAAUUAUAUGAUUGUGCUGAACCUGCUGAAGAGAAUAAGUCGUUUAGGAGGCAGGACUCAAAAGUUUCUGAUGAAGUGUCCAGCAGUGUUAGCACCUCCUAACAGAGAGCACAUCCAGUGUGAUUCAGACUUCAUUCAGGUUACCAGAGAGAUCCCUGUGGAUAACUGGAAUAAUGAGCUCGACUGGUCUCUGGCCUUGAGUGGGAAUCUGGUGGUGGCUUUGGAGGAUUCCAGUCUUAUUCAAGUAAAUGUUGAAAUGCACAAACCAAACAUAACAGUUCAGGGGAAGAGAGACACCAUCUUAAGUCCUGUGCAGGUGUUCAAAUCGGAAGGACAUUUCUUACCUCUCAAACUGGUCAGUGGCCAUUAUGCCUACAGCAUGGAGGCAACCUGCCCAAAUGUGAACCAGUCAUCAUCUGAAGACACGGUGCUGCAUGUCUAUAAACGGCGUAUGGGUUUGACCAAAAGAGGUGGAUAUCAAAAUGAGACCCUGUCAGUCAGCAGUGUGAUUGUGGAACAGACUGACACAUUCACCUGGUCAGAGACAAGUGACUUUGUGCAGCUUAUCAUUCCCACAUCCCACAUUCUACAGAAAAAGGAGUGCAUUGGUCAGGCUGGUGAGAAACUUCAGCAAAAUUUCUACAAGAUAGAUGCUGUUCUCACCUUUAAAGAGACAAAUCACAAAAUGCACUGGACCAUGGAAAACACCUCACCUUGUUCAGAGAUGUUAAAAUCACACCUCCAUUUAAUGCGUGAUGAACCACAAGAAGCUAAUGUGACUGCACAUUCACCUGAGGGGGUUACAGGCAAGCCAGAGGUUCCUGUUGGUUCAGACAAAGAGUUUACUACUCCUGUGGCACCAGAGACUGUAUCUACAGCAUCACAGACAGCUGAUGAGGAAACCAGCAUAACCUCAGUACAAUCCCAACAACUCCAUACAACUGAGGCUCUUAGUACGUCAUUGAGUACUUCAACAUAAAUGGAGAUAAUGGUACAAAAGUAUUUGUAGCUACAGUUUACUGCCUAAAGCACAACAGAGAUCUCUGGGGAAGUUCAUCUGUGCAUCGUUGACAGAAUGGAUGGAAAUGCAGGUACCAGCUGCAACACACGUGUCAGUGAUUUUCCAAACAACACUAUUACUAUUGGUAGUCCAUUAAUCACAACAGAUGUAAUCACAGUUUGAAAUACAGCUACACAUUUAAGCGCCAUUUUCCCUCAGUCUGGGAUUUACAACACAACAGUCAAGUGGACCCAUGCAUCUUUUCCGUUGACAAGCAAAGUGCCAUUGGAAUCACAUGUGGGGAGUGAUUACAUCAAAGACUGUGUUGGUCAUGCCAUUUAAAUACGAACUACUGUCUCAGAACUCCCUCAGCUGUGUGUCACAUCUCAGAAAUAAAUGUGGUGUCUAGCAUUAAAAAAAUUGGUGUUUAUUCUCAAGUCGCACAAUAACUAGCCCUGUCGCCUUCCUGAAAAACAGAAAGUGCAUGGCAGUUUAGCAGCUGAAGCUCAAUACUUAGCUCUCUACUUUAUUUCCUUGAGCAUAACAUAGUAUCUUUAAUACAGUUUCAAUGGUCUUCCGUAAUCUAUGAUUAUUUACGCAGAUGUAUUUAGAGAUGGCAUUAUUUUCAUAUCUGUUGUAUCACACUGCAGACUCACUCUCACUUGUUUCUUACAAAUGCAACUGGCACCUUCUUGUGUCUCAAUUAUCGAUAUUAGUUCAAAUGACCCUAGUAAUAUUACUGUAAUAUUGUUGUAGUGUUCAGUUUGUUGCUAAUUUGAUUGUUUUGUACUUUUUAAAUGGACUAUUUCUAUGCAUUAUCCCUAUCAUAGAUUGUGUAUAUAGAUAUAUGGUAUAUUAAAUACUGUAGGUUUCUUUCUGGAAAAAAUAAAACAAAUGACAUGAUAUUAUGAAUGAUAUGUAAUCUGGGUUAAUACACAAAAUGUUUAUUGACUAAAACCAAUGGGGUGUUUGUGUUCUGGAGAUGCCGUCUUGCAUAAUGUGGCAUCAAUCUACAACAUAAGAGUUUUUAUUCAAGGGUGUGAUCUCGGUUGUGAUACAGUAAUUUUAGCUGUAAUUUUUAAAUAUGCAUUCUAUUAGUCUAAAGACCAUCUCUUUGUGGCAGUAUGAGGAAUAGCCAGAAGAGGUCAGUGUUGUUCUUUGUUUGGCAAUGGUUUGAGCAAUGGGUCUAAAACUUAGCAUUUUGAGGUCAGUGUUAGUUGUUCAAAAGGCAUAUAUAUGUUUUACACAUAUGCAUGACUGACACUUUAUGUGCUUAAUGUUUUUAUUCAUAAGACAUAAAUACUGGGCAUUGAUGUACAUUCUUAGAUUUAGUGGGAAAACAACCUCAGAUGUGAGGUUAGUUAAUUUGCCUUUACUACGCAAUUUCCCAUGCUUGAAUGAAUUCAAUUAGACUUUUGAAAGGGCAGGCCAUUUUAAUGUAACCCAGUCAAGAUAUUCUUCUAAAUUUGGAGCAUCUGGAAGAAAGACCACUGACACUCGUAAAAUUUAUUGUGAUUACAGUCUCGAUAUUUGAGCAAACCAAAGAACACCCUUUCUCACCCUGAUCGCGUUUGUGUCUAACAGUAUGUGUUGUAUAUUAACUGAGAAAACAAGAGCACAUUUGUAUGCGUUGGAUAUUGUGUCCUCUAGAGCUUUGCACUCCGGCACAGUGUAAUUCUCACCCAGGGGGUCAGAGGGGGGCCACGCCGCCAGAGUUUUCUUUGGCAUCUGUUGCAUGAACUUGUGAACAGGAAACACAAUAACAGCACAAAGUACACCAACAUCUCAAGUCUUUCAUGUGGCUGUUUUGAGCCAUUAUGUUAUUAGUGUAGGCUUAAAAAUUCCUUUCAUGUUC